CUGAGACGACUCAACUAUUUAUCCCUUUUCUAAAUCUUCACCAUUCAACCCAUUGGGGUACCUCUCCCCUAACGAUGUCCAAAUUUGAAUAAUCUAACGCACACUGUAUGCUAUAGCUAAACAAUUGGUGGAUUACAACUCCAAGCAUCGCUUGCAGCAUUUCAUGCAAGCGGCGAACAAUCGUCGAAUAUCCCCCGAAAAAGCACCCCGUUGAGCUGCUACUUGCUUCUCCCACAAUUUGUCAAGCCUCGCGACGAUCCAUUUACUCCUGACUAUUUCCCCUUCAUUCCUAAAAUCCAAAGCCUAAAUCGUUUCUUCUCACCACUCCUACGCCAUGUCUCCGUCAACCUUGCUCUCCCUCGGUUCUGCGAUUCUAGCCGUGUUCCUCUUCUGGACAUUAUCCUCAACCACGUCCUCACCCUUCGGCGGUGCAUUCCCACGUCUAUACAACAAGCGGAUAUGUCUGCUGAUCGCCCACCCCGACGAUGAAGCCAUGUUCUUCGCGCCUACGGUAUUGGCCCUGACCAGGCCGGAAUACGGCAACCAUCUCAAGAUCCUUUGCCUCAGCAGUGGAGACGCCGACGGACUGGGCCACAUCCGCAAAAAGGAGCUCGUGAAAAGCGCCCUGCAACUGGGCCUACGCCAAGAAUCGGACGUAUACAUCAUCGACGACCCCUCCCGUUUCCGCGACAGCAUGUCAAUCCAGUGGACAGAGUCCGACGUAUCAGCUGUUCUCGAACACGCCUUUGCUCCUGAACUCAGCGAUAGCACUAAUUCCAAGAAGAAGUCGAAUAAAGCUGGCUCUGCACCUACGGCGACUAUCGACGUGCUCUUGACCUUCGAUAAGGGAGGUAUCAGCAACCACCCCAAUCACCGAUCUCUGUACCACGGCGCUGUUCAUUUCCUGCGUACCCUGAUGAAGGACAAACCCGGGUAUACCUGUCCGGUCACUCUGUAUACGCUCACCACGACGAAUCUUCUGCGUAAGUACGCUGGUAUUCUGGAUGCGCCGUUUACGAUGGUUCGGGGCGCGCUGAACUCCCUAUUUGGCCGUGGUGGGAGCUCUAAGGGCCAGCUUCCUUCUCGGCUUCUGUUUGUCAGCUCCGUUAAUGAAUGGAUGACUGCGCAGUCGGCUAUGGUUAAGGCCCAUCAGAGCCAGAUGGUGUGGUUCCGGUGGGGUUGGAUUACGAUUGGUCGGUACAUGGUGGUGAAUGACCUGAAGGCGGAGAAGAUAUGAUGAUGAUGAUGGAGCCUGGCUAUUGACUUAGCCAGUGACACUUUGAUGACGCUUGUCGGGCUGAUUGAAUAGGUGCCCUGCGUUUGUAGCAUAUACCCGUAUUGUAUGUAUAUGAUUAUGAUUGGUUCCUUGAUGGACUGACGUCGUCUGGAGAUCUUUUUUACAGAGGUCUAUUUCCAUUUUUGUAUAGAGCAAACUUAUUUGUCACCCUAUUCUCACCUUGUUCUCAC